UUAGCGUCGUCUUCUCCCUCGUAAAGUUGUUCCCUUUAUUAACAACAGAAAAGGGGUCUUUUAUUUAUUUUUUUUUCUAGGGUUUGAGUUUGAUGAAUGAGGAGGGUGAAGAAUGGAGAGAGAGGUGAUAGAGUCAGAGAUGGUGUUGCCGACGCACCUGAGUUUCAAGAAGAUACAGAUGUAUGAAAAGUACCCAAAAGGCCAAGCCAGAGGCAGGCAUUGGAAACACCUAAAGCAGAUACUCCAAGCGGAGAAUUAUCAGAAUUAUCCUCCAGAUGAACUCAACUAUGUUAAUAUUGAGUCACCUCCCUCCAUGCAUCCAUGCAAGAAAAUUUGUGAUAUAACAGGAUUUGAGGCACCUUACUCUGAUCCAAGGACCAAUCUCCGCUAUGCAAAUGCUGAGGUCUUCAAGCUUGUGAGAUCUCUUCCUAAUGACUACGUGCAAAGGUACCUGGCUCUGAGAAAUGCAGCAGUCGUUUUGAAGUAACAUUUUCAAAAGACCAGCACUUGGAAAAGGGAGCAUCUAUUCAUGAAUCAAAUAUUUUCUUAAAAUAUAGAUUAGUUUUACCCCUGAAAAAUAUUCAUGCUGCAUCAUCUGUAGUUUGUACCAUGUGGUGCAACUAUCAAAAUUCAUUUCAACCUCUCGAAACCACACUAUAAAACUGAAGUGGUUCCCUUCUGUAAGGGUGAGUUAAUUAGUCUAAUAAUUCAUCCUCGAGGGAAAGAUAACUCUUGUUGAAAAUUGAAUACACUGAUGGCUUUCCU